AUGCUGUUAGACCGACAUAGCAAGUUGACCCAGACCAGACUGUACACUCACUUCCGUCAGUCCGACAUUCUAGCUCAAUCUAGUCGAAGGGCCACAAGUUCGCCAAAUUCCCACGAAAUGGUCAAACGGACAGCGAUCGUCACCGGUUCAUCGCGGGGCAUAGGUGAAGCCAUCAUCCGCCGCCUCGCCACCGAAGGAUAUGCCGUAUGCGUAAACGACGUCUCCGCGAACAAAGCUGGCAUCGACAAGCUAGUGUCCGAACUGAACGAGAAGCAUGGCUCCGGCUCGGCCAUUGGCGUCGUCGCCGACGUAACCUCCUCCUCCGAAGUGCAGGCCAUGAUAAAAGAGUCGGUAGACAAACUCGGACCACUCACAGUGAUGGUCGCCAACGCUGGGAUAGCCCAGGUCGCACCCGCACUCGACAUCUCGGAUGAAGAUGUACAGCGCAUGUUCAAUGUGAACUUUAUGGGCGUUUGGCUAUGCUAUACGCACGCAGCGCGGCAGAUGAUCGCCCAAGGACCCGUGCCGGAGGGUAGUAGCGGGUACAAGAUCCUAGGCGCAGCGAGCAUCGUGGCAUUCAAACCAUUCCCGCUGCUCGCGCAUUACAGCGCGUCGAAGUGGGCGGUAAGGGGUCUGACGCAGGUGUUUGCCAUGGAGAUGGCGAGGCACAAGAUCAAUGUGAAUGCCUAUGCGCCAGGAAUCGUGGGUACGGCGAUGUGGGAUUUGAUUGAUGAGAAGCUGGGCGAGGUCGAAGGCCGAGGGAAAGGCGAGUCACUCAAGAGAUAUUCGUCCGACUUGACUGCGCUGGGAAGGGUGAGUGUACCAGAGGAUGUGGGUAACCCGGUGGGAGGGUUUUUAUGCUCGAAGGACGCCGAAUUCAUCACCGGCCAGACGAUAGUUAUAGACGGUGGAAUAAUAUUCACCUGA